UAAAGUUCACUACAGCUUUUCUGUUUGAUUCCCAUGCAAGAUAGCAGCUCUGAAGAAAAGAAUUGAUAAUGUAUUUUAAAUUGUGCUCAGUCGUUUUAUUGGUGUGCAUCUUUGGUGCGAAUGCACGAAAGUUGGAGUUCCAGAAUUGUGAUAGCAGCGCACCAAUUCAAAUCAAACAGGUGAAUCUGAAAAGUUCCUAUCCCAUUCAAAUCAAGCCAGGAGCAGUUCUUGCAGCCAGCGGUUCAUAUUCUAACAGUUAUAAAGCCACACCUGAAACAGUUUUUCAAAUCAGAAAUAUUAAGGUGGAGAGGAAGAUCUUAUGGGGGUACACCUCUGUUACCGGUCUUAUUUCCAAACACAUCCCAAAGUCAGUGAAAUGCUCCGACAUACAGAAACUGUCACCUAUACCAAUAUGUCCAGGGAAGACAGGGAGUUUUCAUUUUGAUGAAAAACUCGUAAUUCCAAGAACUUUGAACGUUAACGGUGCUCUUGGAUUUUUCGGGAGUGGGAAAUACCGAUUGACGGUAGAUGUAAGAGAUAGCUCAGGAAGACGCAUCGUUUGUAUCAAAAAUGCAGUUGCAGAAAUAAAAUUGUAAUCAUACAUGAAACAAUCAUAAAACAUUAAAAGAAUGAAUGAAAUAUAAAAGCAGCA